GGACAUGGCGUGGAUCCCGGUCCUGGCGCUGGCCUUGUGGGUGAAUCUGAGAGCUCUGGGGGAUCCGACCAAACCGGCCCGGGCGCCUCUGAUCCCUCACCGGCCGUUUGUGGUGGUCUGGAACGCUCCCACCGAACCGUGCCGCCUGCGUUUCCAGGUGGACCUGGACUUGAGCGUUUUCGACAUCGUGGCCAACCUUAACGAAACUCUCAGCGGGCCCAACGUGACCAUCUUCUACCACAGCCACCUGGGCUAUUACCCCUACUACUCCGGCUCCGGGAUGCCGAUCAACGGCGGACUUCCGCAGAACCAGAGCAUCUCCAAACAUCUCAGCAAAGCUCGCAACGACAUCGACAAGCUGAUCCCACACAAGGACUUCAGAGGGCUGGGCGUCAUCGACUGGGAGGACUGGAGGCCCCAGUGGGUACGGAACUGGGGCUCCAAGGACAUCUACCGCAACAAGUCCAAGGAACAGAUCCGGAAGCUUCACCCCAACUGGCCAGAGAGCAAAGUGGAGAACGAGGCCAAGGAGAGCUUUGAGAGGGCGGGGCAGGCCUUCAUGAACCUCACCUUAGCUUUGGCCGAGGCUCGCAGGCCGGCCGGCUUGUGGGGCUUUUAUUUGUUCCCGGACUGCUACAACUACGGAUACAAGCAGCACCCGCAGCGCUACACCGGCGAGUGUCCCAAUGUGGAGCACGUUCGCAACGACCACCUGAUGUGGCUGUGGAAGGAGAGCACGGCGCUCUACCCGUCCAUCUACCUGGACUACGAGCUCCGGUCCUCUGCCAACACCGUCAAGUUUGUCCACUAUAGGGUCAAGGAGGCCAUGAGGAUCGCCUCCAUUGCCCGUCCUGACGUCACAUUGCCGGUUUUUGUCUACUCCAGACCUUUCUACGCCUACACCUUUGUGGUUCUGUCUGAGAGUGACCUGGUGCACACCAUCGGCGAGAGCGCCGCCCUCGGAGCGUCCGGAGUCGUCUUGUGGGGGUCGUCAGAAUACGCCCGGACGCAGAGGAACUGUUUGACGGUGAAGAAGUACAUCGACGGCCCGCUCGGCCAUUACGUGGUCAACGUCACGUCGGCCGCCAAGCUGUGCAGCAAAGCUCUGUGCAAGAAAAACGGCCGCUGCGUUCGCAAGAGCCUGGACUCGGCCGCUUACCUGCACCUCAACCCGGGCUUCUUCCACAUCCGCCGCUGGCCGACGGCCGCCGGCGCCAGCUUCCGUGUCAGCGGCGGCCUGGACGAGCGGGACCUCCUGGACAUGAAGCACAAGUUCUCCUGCCAGUGCUACCACGGCUGGACCGGCGUCCACUGCGAGAUGCCGCAGAUAGCUCCGCCCACGCGGCUCCUCCCGCUGCACGUCUCCUGCCUUUGCGCCGUCGCGCUGCUGGGGCUGUGCCUCCUCAUCAAGUGUCUGUCGGUGUAGCGAACACAAGUCACUUCCUGUUAGCUCUUCCCAGGACGUCAUUUUGAAUGUAAGACAAUCUUUUAUAAAGAGUUAAAUGGUAAUUGGGUCAUACUUGUAUAGCGCUUUUCUACCUUCAAGGUACUCAAAGUGCUUUGACACUAUUUCCACAUUCACACACACUGAUGGCGGGAGCUGCCAUGCAUCCAUCAGGAGCAAGGGUGAAGUGUCUUGCUCAAGGACACAACGGACGUGACGAGGAUGGUAGAAGGUGGGGAUUGAACCAGGAACCCUCAGGUUGCUGGCACAACCACUCUCCUAACCGCGCCACACCGUCCUCAUAGAGAAUAUUCAUGUUAAUUUGAAUGUUUCAGCUGUCCUGCAUGAAGAUAUACAAACCCCGUUUCUGUCAGGCUUUCCCCUGACAGUUUGUCUAUGUUUUAGUUUUUUCCUCUGUGUUUAGUAUCUCCUGUCUUUAGUUCCUGUCUAGUGCUCUUAUUUUGUCAGCUUCCUGUCUUGUUCCCUGAGUGCUGUGUUCCUCCGCAGCUGCGGCUGAUUGGCACCUGGCCACACCUGUUGCCAAUCAGCCUGCUCCUAUUUGUACCUGCUUUGUGUUGUGUCAGUUGCCGGAUCAUUGUAUUGUCAUUUGUAUUGUCGUUGACACAUAUCACUCUUGUCGUUUUGUUACAGCUACUACCUGUCAUGCUACAUUUUGUCCUGGUCGUCGUAGCGGUAAGCUGUUUCUGUUAGCAUUAGUUAUUUCCAGUUUUUCUGUUUGCUAUCCACUACCUUCCAUGCUAAAGUUCCUUUUUGUUUUCUAACUUCCAGUGUUAGCUCCCUUAGUUUGUUAUUCCGCCCACGUGCGUGCUUUUUGUUUGUUCUUGUUUAGUUUGAAUUAAAUCAUGUUUUCCCAUUCAAUGCCUGCCUCCGUCUCUGCAUCUUGGGGUUCAUCAACAAAUACCCCUGACAGUUUCCAUAUGAGUUGGGAAAUUGUGUGAGAUGUAAAUAUAAACGGAAUACAAUGAUUUGCAAAUCAUUUUCAACCUAUAUUCAGUUGAAUAUGCUACAAAGACAACAUAUUUGAUGUUCAAACUGAUAAACAUUUUUUUGUUUGCAAAUAAUCAUUAACUUUAUAAUUUGAUGCCAGCAACACGUGACAAAGAAGUUGGGAAAGGUGGCAAUACAUAUGGAUAAAGUUGAGGAAUGCUCAUCAAACACUUAUUUGGAACAUCCCACAGGUGUGCAGCCUAAUUGGGAACAGGUGGGUGCCAUGAUUGGGUAUAAAAACAGCUUCCAUGAAAUGCUCAGUCUUUCACAAGAAAGGAUGGGGCGAGGUACACCCCUUUGUCCACAACUGCGUGAGCAAAUAGUUUAAGAACAACAUUUCUCAAAGUGCAAUUGCAAGAAAUUUAGGGAUUUCAAAAUCUACGGUCCAUAAUAUCAUCAAAAGGUUCAGAGAAUCUGAAGGAAUCACUCCACGUAAGCGGCAUAGCCGGAAACCAACAUUGAAUGACCGUGACCUUCCAUCCCUCAGACGGCACUGUAUCAAAAACUGACAUCAAUCUCUAAAGGACAUCACCACAUGGGCUCAGGAACACUUCAGAAAACCACUGUCACUAAAUACAGUUGGUCGCUACAUCUGUAAGUGCAAGUUAAAGCUCUAAUAUGCAAAGCAAAAGCCAUUUAUCAACAACAUCCAGAAACGCUGCCGGCUUCUCUGGGCCCGAGAUCAUCUAAGAUUGACUGAUGCAAAGUGGAAAAGUGUUCUGUGGUCUGAUGAGUCCACAUUUCAAAUCUUUUUGGGAAAUAUUCGACAUGUCAUCCGGACCAAAGGGGAAGCGAACCAUCCAGACUGUUAUCGACGCAAAGUUCAAAAGCCAGUAUCUGUGAUGGUAUGGGGGUGCAUUAGUACCCGAGGCAUGGGUAACUUACACAUCUGUGAAGGCACCGUUAAUGCUGAAAUGUACAUCCAGGUUUUGGAACAACAUAUGCUGCCAUCUAAGCGCCGUAUUUUUCAUGGACGCCCCUGCUUAUUUCAGCAAGACAAUACCAAGCCACAUUCAGCAUGUGUUACAACAGCGUGGCUUCGUAAAAAAAGAGUGCAAGUACUUUCCUGGUCCAGACCUGUCUCCCAUCGAAAAUGUGUGGUGCAUUAUGAAGCGUAAAAUACGACAGCGGAGACUGAAGCUCUACAUAAAACAAGAAUGGGAAAGAAUUCCACUUUCAAAGCUUCAACAAUUAGUUUCCUCAGUUCCCAAACGUUCAUUGAGUGUUGUUAAAAGAAAAAGUGAUGUAACACAGUGGUGAACAUGCCCUUUCCCAACUACUUUGGCACGUGUUGCAGCCAUGAAAUUCUAAGUUAAUUAUUUUUUGCAAAAAAAAAAAUAAAGUUAAUGAGUUUGAACAUCAAAUAUCUUGUCUUUGUAGUGCAUUCAAUUGAAUAUGGGUUGAAAAGGAUUUGCAAAUCAUUGUAUUCCGUUUAUAUUUACAUCUAACACAAUUUCCCAACACAUAUGGAAACAGGGUUUGUAUUAUAUAUGCGGAAAGUAUCUCACACAUUCCAAAGUCCCACUUUCAUUGAAUGCAACAAAAGUAAAAGUAAAGUAAAAUGAGAAUUUGUGGGAUCAAGCACUUACGCAAAAAUUAGGCCAACACCUUUAAUACAACGUUAAUAAUACUAUUAUUAUUAUCAUCAUUAUUAUUUAUGAGUGUAUUUGAACGCAUCACAGGUCUGUAUCGACUAACACAUUUUUAGUCUGCUCGGGUGGUUGCACUUAUAUUUUAAUGUGCUUUAUUUUGUUUGUUUCUAUUUAUAUGACAAUAAAGCUUUUUUGUUUA